GCGGGCGCGCGUGUCGCUGGCAGGUGGCGGAGAUGGCGGGUCGUGGGUCGGCGUUCGCUGCCGCUGUGGCAGCCGCUGUGGCGCUCGGAGUCGUCGCGUUCGCCGGCGCGCAGAGGCAGCCCCUCCCUUCGUACAUUCACGUCUGCAAGAGGAAUGAUCCUAAUAUCAAUAACUGCGUCAAGAAGUCUGUGGAACAAAUUCGACCCUAUUUAGUAAGAGGCAUUCCUGAGUUCCACGUGCCGUCCAUCGAGCCACUGGAGCUGAAGGAGAUCAUUGCGACGGGUGGCCCCACGCUGCGGAUCACGGCGACCAACGUGCGUGCCUAUGGCUGCAGCGACUUCACCAUCAACCGCAUGAGUGUAGACAUGCGCAGAGACAAGUUCGACUUCGGCAUCGACCUGCCGCACCUGUACAUCGUCGCUCGCUACCAGGUGCACGGGCGGAUAUUGCUCAUCCCCAUCCACGGCUCUGGACCAAUGAGGGGCAACUUCACUAACUGCAAAGGUGACGUCAGUCUCCAGGGUAAAAGAAUAAUACGACAAGGGAAAGAAUACAUGACAUUCACUAAUAUGGAUGUCCGCUUUCAUGUAGGAAAAGGCAGCAUUCAUUUGGACAACUUGUUUGGUGGCGAGAAACCAUUAGGUGAAGCUGUCAAUAAUGCCAUCAAUGCUAAUUUUGGAGCUUUUGUGAAUGAGUUAAAGCCAUCUAUUGAGCGAGCUCUUUCUAAAGCAAUGUUGGAAAUCUCAAACAGAGUGGUACAUUCAUACCCACAAGAUGUAAUAUUUCCUGAGCAUUGAAUCUCGGAAACUUUUCCUCUAGUCGAGAAGAACAUACAGUUUUAGUGCGUGUUUUCACUGACACUAUAUACUUUUGGUCAAAGCCAAAAAUUGACUUUUGUGGUGUGCACUGAGCAAGAAAAACUGUGAAGAGAUAAUCUAAGUGUAUAGUUGAGACUUUUAAAAUUUCAGACUUCUGUGAAACAUAAAUAUGAGAAACCAAUACAGGAAACACAUCUAACGUUACAUGUCAUACAGAAUAAAAUCUUUUACUGAGAGGCUGCAAGAAUACAGUAGCGUCAGAAUGAUAAAUAGCAGCUGUAAAGAAGAAAGCAAAAAGUGUUAUUGGUGCUGGUGUAAGGUGUGAGAUACAGCUUAUGAGAACUAUAGAGCAAGAAGACCAAAGUCAUACAUGUCUCCUUGUACAAUAAAAUUUUACUGUCUCUGAGAUAAUUUAUAAUUUACCAGUUGUUAAACUGAGCUAUAGCUGUUGGAUUUAUAAGCAGCUGAUAAUUAUGGCAAAACGUUUUAAUAUGUAAAAUUAUUAAUUGUAUUAAUAUAAGUAUUGCAAUUUGUAGAAACAGUAAAGUUAAAAUUUUUGUAUGAACAAUGUAUUAAACCAGUAAAAAACUUUUUGUGAGCUUUUAGACUGUGUAUUUGUAGAGUGUCUUCUGUAACAUAAUAAGCAGGAAUUUUUAACUUUUUUCACGAGCAUUUUAACAAAUGUACUUCUUAAACCGUAUGUCAGAUAUAUUAGUGUAGUGUUAAAGGAUACCUUUGAAAUACUCACCAUGCUCCACGUAACAAAAAUCUUACAGGUAUGCCGUUAGAAUAUGUUCAGGAUAGCUGUAUAAUCAGUGCUGAUGUGCUGAAUUGAAGUGUUUACUGACAUAUUCUCAAAAUCUGGAACUGACCUUAUGUGCAAGUUGUUCUGGAAUGUGAUAUAUGUGAAAAUCAGGUAAGGUUAAAUAUAAACAACAAUAGAUUGCAUCAUGGAGCGGUGGAAGGGUAUGCAUCAAAAAUAUCAGCACAAACCCAUGAUACCAUUUUAAUAUAUAGUCUUCAUCUGGCAACAAAACAGACAGAAAAAAGGCUGUUACUUGUGGUGUUAUGUGCAUGACACACAUCAGAAAUUGUUUUUCUUAUUUAAUGACAAACAUGCAAGCAACUGAUUCGUUCACUACCUCAAAACAUCUGAAUAUUUUUGGGUUUACCUUUAUAAUUUAGUAUUUUUUACAGUGACAGUUUAAGAGUAGCUACAGAAGUACAGGACAACAUAAUUUACAGUGAAGUAAGAGCUCCAACGAUAUCAGAUCUUCUACAAAAUUAUUGUUGAUGAGACAGUAACUACAGCUUAUCUCUGAAUAUUAUGAAUUCCAUAAUACACUAACAACAAAUAAAUUCUGAUAGCUGUGCUCCAAUACAAGUUUGAUUUAAACUCUUAUACAUAAAAGGCAUGUAUUAAUGUGUAAUAUUUUUCUUCAUGCACACUGUAAUAAGAAUGAUGUGAAACAUGUACUAAUGGAAGUAGAGUGUUUGUUUUGGAACGGUACAGUCAGACAUUUUUGCAGGAAAUAUGUGAGAAAUAUGAAGAUUAAUAUCUUGUAAGGAAUACAGACUAUUGAUUAUAGAAUAUCCACCUCAGCAAACAUUGAACUUGUCCUUAUGAUUAUUUGGAUAUUUCAAGAAAAGCAGAAUUACUAAUGAGUGAAUCAAACAGGCAACCAGCUCUGAGGCUGAAAUAAAAAGUUGUAACAAAAAUUGAUUUUCAUAGGUAUCUUUUUAUCUUUUUUACCUGUCUUGUGUUAUGUGCUGUUUGUGAUAGCCUUCUACUAAAAAAUUAUUUUUGUUGUUCACUAAAGUAAUGACAGGAUCAAUCUCCCAGCAAUUUUCCAUAGCAUGCUAUAGAAUUUAGUAUGUCAAAACUGAAAAAGACAGGAACUAAAACAUAAUGUCUGUUGCAGUAUCAACGAUUACACAAUGCAAAUGUUGAUUUAAGAUAUUUAACAGUUUUGUAAACAAUUCUAAAUUAUAUUUUAUAUGUGUAAGUACUAUUCUUCUACGUACAUAUCACUGGGUUAUCUGACUGCUCAUUCCUGGGAAAUAAACGAAUUAUUUUAAGAGGCCAUAGUCCACUUCCUUCCUCUUUCAUAAUCAGUUGAGAGGCUGUAAUAAAUUAAAUAUGUUGUAAAACAUGUAGUACUAAAUGGCAGCCUGCAUCACACUAUAAUGGUAGCCAAAUACUAAUAAAAAGUGAAAUGAUAACUUUAUGGGAAGAGAAUCUGACAUGACUUUAAUAUUGCCAGCAAAUUCUGGCACUUAUAUGCAGGUUUAUUCAUUUCUAAGAAUCUUUUUAUUAAGUAUUUUUUGUUGAAAAUAUUGAAAUUCCAAAAUCUUUUAAUCUGUCAGGAAGUUUCUUUUAUGCAUGUCACAAUUUAUCUCACAUAUCUAAAUACGAUCAAAGAGCAGUGUUCAGACAGGUAUCUGCAUUAAAAAUAAAGAAAAUUUCCUGAUCUA